AUGGCGCACAAGAGCUGCUGCGCCAACAAAGUCGGUCCAUUUGGCAGCUUCAAUGCCCUCGGUAAAAGGGCAAUAUCGCGGCUCCGUGAAAUGGAAGGUUGGCCAAAACUAUCUCUAGCGGCUGCGCCCUUUGCCAAGUUGUGCUACCGGCUUAGCAGGCCAACCUACGUAAGCAUAUAUUUUAUGAAAAUAUAUACACCUUUAGAACAAUUUUCUAUUAUCUCUUUAGUUCCGUUACAUUUUGGCAACUUAUAUUUGUCUUUUACAAACUCUUCAUUAUUUCUUCUUUUGACUACUGGGCUUUUAUAUAUCUUGUUCAACAUGGUAACAAAGGGAGGAGGAUACCUUAUACCUUCUCCUUGGCAGUCUUUUGUUGAAAUGAUAUAUGAAUUUGUUGUAAGUCUGGUAGAUGAACAGAUUGGAUCUCAAGGUCAAAAAGACUUUCCACUCAUCUUUACAAUUCAAGUGUUUUUAUUGUUUACUAAUAUAAUUGGAAUGGUACCAUACAGUUUUACUGCUACUAGUCAUUUAAUAGUUACUUUUGGCCUCUCUCUAUCACUUUUUAUAGGAAGAACUAUCUACGGAUUCCAAACACAUGGUCUUCAUUUAUUUAGUUAUUUAUUGCCGAAAGGGGCUCCUUUGGCCCUGGCUCCAUUGUUAGUAGUUUUAGAGCUCGUAUCCUACUGUUUUCGAGCUGUUAGCUUAGGGGUCCGAUUAUUUGCGAACAUGAUGGCUGGACACACAGUAGUUCAAAUUUUAAGUGGCUUUGCAUGGACCAUGCUUUCUAUUGGUGGUAUAUUAACAAUAGCUUCCACGAUACCUUUUGGGAUUGUUUUCGCCUUGACAGGUUUAGAGAUCGGUGUUGCUUGCUUACAAGCAUACGUGUUUACAAUAUUGACUUGCAUUUCUCUUAAUGAUGCUAUAACCCUUCACUAA